GUAUCUUUAAUAUAUCACUAGACAUUCAGUUCUUUUUAAGCAUUCGAUAUAUUUACGUUAACUUUCAUAAAACAGUAAAAAAUUAAAAAGUUUUUUUUAAUGCAACACAGCAUUUAAAGAAUAUUAAAAAUAUAUAGAACCGAACAAGAAAAGCUUAAAAUAAUGGCUUUAUUACGUGCUUGCGCUGUUUUGGUUAUAUACUCUACCUUCAUUUUAUUUACAUCUGCGAAAUCAAUUGAAAUGACUGGAAAUGAAUUUUUCUUGUCUGUAGAUUCAAGCAGGCGGGAUUCACUUGUGAAGCAUUUCCUAACGGAUGCUCUACAGAGACAUCAAGUUUAUGUAUCUCCUGAUCCACGUGUUGCUAAUCCGAUAGCUGAAUUUGGGAUUCCACCUCAGAAUUUCGCAAACAAUCUAUUAUAUUGGACCCGAGCAACACUUGAAUUGGAUUAUACACAAAUCGCAGCCGCAAUUGCUAAUAAUAAUGUCAAUACCGAUGAAUUAGGAUGCAAUCACGAUAUAGGUUGCCAUUGUUGUCCUUUUUAACAGCUCAAUGAUUGAAAUUGAAUAAUGUACCAUGAUUUUGUUAUAUGUUAAAUCGUGAAUAAAAUAAAUAUUUUGGUUUCACGACACU